GUUAGAGAAUCAUCUUCUUUACAUUUGACGUCACAGAUAAUUUUGCUCAGAAGACACGCGAAAGUACCAGACUCAUCUUUGUUCCUCCUAUAUAUACCUUGCUCAUCUCCUCCACUCUCAUCGUGAAAAAUCGCUCAAAGCAUCUCACACAAUAACAAAUCUACUGCAAAUUUUCAUCCCAAACUCUCAAUUCAAGCAUACCCAUAAAAAAUGGCGCUUAUUCCGAGCAUUUUCGGUGGUCGCCGGAGCAACGUCUUUGAUCCAUUCUCUCUUGACAUUUGGGAUCCAUUUGAGGACUUUCCCUCCUCGACCACCCUCUCUGACCUUCCCUCUUCAGCUUGUGAGACCUCUGCGUUCGCCAACACUCGCAUUGAUUGGAAGGAGACGCCGGAUGCUCACAUUUUCAACGCCGAUUUGCCGGGACUGAAGAAAGAAGAGGUGAAAGUGGAAGUGGAAGAGGGGAGAGUUUUACAGAUUAGCGGAGAGAGAAACAAAGAGCAGGAGGAGAAGAACGACAAGUGGCACCGCGUGGAGAGGAGCAGUGGGAAGUUCCUCCGGCGGUUCAGGCUGCCGGAGAGUGCAAAGGUGGAUCAGAUCAAGGCUAGUAUGGAGAAUGGUGUGCUUACUGUGACAGUUCCAAAAGAGCCCGAGAAGAAACCAGACGUCAUGGCUAUUGACAUCUCAGGCUAAAUGUUUUUAUGGAUUGGUCAAUACGUGUUUGUGGAGUCUCUUAAUUCAAUAUGUAAUGUCACAGUAUGUCUAAUGUUUUUGUAAGUGGUGCUAUAUGCAUUAAAUUAGUGGUUUGGUAUUGUAAACUAUAUGUACUUCUUUUAAUAUAUAUGUAUGUGAUGUGGUUUAGAGCUUUCUUUUUAUUUAUAAAGGAACCAAAUCACUAUCUUCACACCUUAAUCUCAAGGAAUUCAAACCCAAAAUCAAUCAUGAAC